GAGGCAGGACCGACCCGUCUACCUGACUCUCCUGCUCGCUCGCUGCCCUCUUAGCACCAUGGGGAAGGCGCAGUUACUUGGGGGACCCGCCAUCUUUCUCCUGCUGCUCUGCCUCCUCCCAGGAGAGGCCUCGCCACCCACCACCACAGAACCACAGUACUUGGUGUUGGUGCCCUUCUUGAUCCACACGGAGACUCCGGAGAAGGUCUGUGUGCAGCUGAGCCACCUGAAUGAGUCGGUCACGCUGAGUGUCACCCUCGAAUACGGAGCAGAGAACAAGAGCCUGAUCAGAAACAUUGUAUCGGACAGGGAUGUCUUCAGCUGCAUCCCAUUCGAGAUCCCCAAAUGGAACGGCAUCGCCCAGCUGUUUCUCACUGUGGAAGUGAAGGGGCAGACGCUGGAGUUCUGGAGCCGAAGACGGGUGAUGAUCAAGAAUCUGGAGAGCCUGAUGUUUGUCCAGACAGACAAACCCAUCUACAAGCCAGGACAGAAGGUUCUGUUUCGAAUUGUGUCUCUGAAUAAAGACUUCCAACCCUUGAAUGAGACGCUUCCUUUGGUUUACAUCCAGGACCCCAGGAGGAACCGCUUGUUCCAGUGGCAAAAUGUGGAGCUUCAGGGGGGCCUCAAGGAGCUCUUCUUUCCUCUGUCCACUGAGCCCCCACUGGGCCACUACAAGGUGGUGCUAGAGAAAGCCCCUGGGAAGACGACUGAAAAGUCCUUUGAAGUGGAUGAAUAUGUAUUGCCCAAAUUUGAGGUCACGGUAAAGGUACCCCAAACCAUAACAGUUAUAGACAAAGAACUGGAAGUGACCGUCUGUGGAACGUACACCUAUGGGAAGCCUGUCCCCGGCCUGGUGACUAUGAACGUUUGCCGGAAAUAUCCUGAUUACGAAAGCCAAUGUUAUGGCAAAGAGUCAGAUGGUAUAUGUGAAGAAUUCCAAGGAGAGGCAGAUGGGCGUGGCUGCUUCUCUCAGGUGGUGCAAACAAAGAUCUUUCAGUUGAAGAGGUCAGGUUAUAGUAUGAGCAUCGAUGUGGAAGGCCAGAUCACAGAAGAAGGCACAGGGGUGACGUUGACAGGCACAGGUUUCUCAGUGAUCACUGGAAUGCUCACCAAAGUUACCUUUGAAAAGAUGGACCCUUAUUACAAGCCUGGGAUCCCCUUCUUUGGGCAGGCGAAGCUGGUGGAUAGCUCCGAAGCGCCAUUGGCUAACAAAACGAUCCAGAUUACGGUACCGCAAGUCGGGUACAAGGCCAGCUACACAACGGAUACCAAGGGCAUAGUACAGUUUUCUGUAGACACUUCCAACUUCACAGAAAGCUUUAUGAGCAUUGAGGCACAGUCAAUAGUUACAUCCCAAAGCCCAUGUUAUGACCACAACUGGGUCACUGUCACCCACCAACAAGCAUAUCACAGCAUGUCAUAUUUCUACUCACCAAGCAGAAGCUACCUCUAUAUCGAAUCUGUCCCUGGGACACUAAGCUGUGGGCAGACUCAGCCAGUUCGAGUGCACUAUGUCCUGAAUUCGGAUGUCGUGAAAGAGGAGGACAUCACAUUUUACUAUUUGGUGAUGGCUAAGGGGGAGAUUGUGAAAACAGGGACCCACCCUCUUCUCAACCCAGGGACCCACCCUCUGCUUUUCGGUCAUGGAAAAGAUAAAGGGACUUUUCUUCUGGAUCUCUCUGUGGACAUCCAUAUGGCUCCCUUGGCACGCUUGCUUCUAUACACUAUUUUGCCCAGCGGAGAGCUGGUUGCUCACUCAGCAGAUUUCACCAUCGAAAACUGCUUUGCAAACAAGGUGGAAUUACAAUUCUCAGAGCCUGAAGGCCUGCCUGGCAGCAAAACUCACCUCCAUCUUGGAGCCUCCUCAGUGUCCCUCUGUGCCAUCCAUGCUGUUGAUAAGAGUGUCUUUCUCCUGAGGUCCCGAGCUGAGCUCUCGCCUCAGACGGUUUAUGAUUUGCUCCCUGUGAGGACCCUCAAAGGCUAUAACUACAGGGGCAACAAUAUGGAAGAGCCAGACGUGAAUCCCUGCAUUUCCAUGGAAACGAUCCUUGUGAACGGCGUCCGCUACAGCCCAGUUGCUUCUUAUGGUGAAGGUGAUGCCUAUGAAAUUCUCAAGGACUUCGGCUUAAAGGUUUUUAGUAAUGCAAAGAUCCACAAGCCCAAACUUUGUUACCAGACUCUGUAUCGCAGAGGAGGUGGAUUCGAAGUGGCCCACUCAGAGAUGGAAGAAAUGGUUUUUGCUGCUGCACCUGUAGCUGCUCGAAUGAAUGCACCACCCCAUCAUGAAGAUUCCAUUGAUUUAGUUGAUGUCGAAAGUGCACAGCCUGCCAGAAGAUUCUUCCCUGAGACCUGGAUAUGGCAAACGCAGGCCAUCAGCUCUGAACAUGAGGUGGAGAUACCAGUGACCAUUCCAGACACCAUCACAGAAUGGAAAGCAGGAGCCUUCUGCCUGUCCGGAGAGACAGGCUUCGGCCUCUCCCAGCCCAUCACCCUCAACGCCUUCCAGCCCUUCUUCCUGGACCUCACCAUGCCCUACUCCGUUAUUCGGGGUGAAGCCUUCGUCCUGAAGGUCACGGUCUUCAGCUAUCAGCAGCAUUGCAUCAGGGUCGCUAUAUCACUGGCUCCCUCAUCUGACUUUGUGGCUUCGCCUGUGGAGAAGGAGGAGGAAUCCUACUGUCUGUGUGCAAACGGAAGGAAAACUGUGUCUUGGACUGUGACUCCCAAAUCUCUGGGUGAAGUAAAUUUCACAGCCAGCGCUGAGGCCCUGAGCUCUGAUCAGCUCUGUGGGAAUGAAUUAGUGGAGAUACCCACGAAAGGACAAAAGGACAUUGUGAUCAAACCCCUCUUAGUUGAGCCUGAAGGGGUUGAGAAGGAAGUGGUCUUCAGCAACCUGCUCUGCGCGGCUGAAAAUGCGCAGACGGCACCGGUUUCUCUAAAGUUACCAGAAAACGUAGUUGAGGGUUCAGCCAGGGCCUUCGUCAGUAUCUUGGGGGACAUCAUGGGCACAGCCCUGCAGAACCUGCACAAGCUUCUCAAGUUGCCCUAUGGCUGUGGAGAGCAGAACAUGGCCCUCUUUGCACCCAACAUCUACGUCCUGGACUACCUGAAUAAGACUGGGCAGCUAUCGGAGGAGACCAAGUCCAAGGCCAUUGGAAACUUGGUCGCUGGCUACCAGAGACAGCUGAACUUCAAGCAUGCCGACGGCUCCUACAGUACCUUCACUCACCAGCCUGGGAAUUCCUGGCUGACGGCUUUUGUGCUCAAGUCCUUUGCUCAGGCGAAGCGCAUGAUCUAUAUCCAAGAGACGCACAUCUCGGAUGCGCUGGCCGCACUGGCUGCCAGGCAGAAGCAGAACGGCUGCUUCAUUAGCACCGGGCAGCUCUUCCACAUCGCCAUCAAGGGUGGGGUUGAUGAUGAGGCCACGCUCUCUGCCUACAUCGCCAUUGCUUUGCUGGAGAUUCCUCUGCCUGUCACUCACGCAGUGGUGCGCAACGCUUUGUUCUGCUUGGAGACGGCAGCACAGGCGCAAGAUCUCAACGUCUACACCCAGGCCUUGCUGGCGUACGCCUUUUCCUUAGCAGGGAAGGAGGACAAGAGGGAACAGCUCUUGCGGGCCCUUGAUGGAAAAGCUGUGAAAGAAGAGGACGGCUCCAUUCACUGGCAGCGACCCGGGAAGCAGGAGGAGGAGAACGCUGACCUGUCUUUCUAUCGGCCCCGUGCCCCCUCUGCGGAGGUGGAGAUGACAGCCUAUGUGCUGCUUGCUCACCUCACCAAACAGCCGGCACCAUCCCAGGAGGACCUGACCACAGCGUCCAAGAUUGUCAAAUGGCUUAGCAGGCAGCAGAACCCCACGGGUGGUUUCUCCUCCACACAGGACACGGUGGUGGCACUCCAGGGCUUCUCCCUGUACGGGGUCUCUACCUUCGCCCAGAGCACAGCGGGUGCAAAAGUGACCCUGAAGCACGGAGGGGCCGUCCUGAAGGAGUUCCAGGUGGAAAGCAGCAACCGCCUCCUGCUUCAGCGGGAGCCUCUGCCCAGUGUGCCAGGGGACUACAGCUCCGAGGUGACCGGGGAAGGAUGCGUCUACAUACAGACCUGCUUGAAAUACAACGUGCAGCCUCAUCAGGAAGGUGCUCCUUUUGCCCUGCAUGUGGACACGAUUCCCGAGACCUGCACUUCACCCAAGGCCAGCAGGACAUUUGACAUUGCGAUCAAUGUCAGUUACACAGGCCAACGCCCCGUCUCCAACAUGGCGAUCAUUGAUGUUAAGAUGCUCUCAGGAUACAGCGCACUGAAGCCAUCAGUUGCAAAGCUGGCAGGUGCUGGAAGUGCAGUCAAGAGGACAGAAGUGAAAACCAGCCACGUCCUCCUCUAUUUGGAGCAGGUGAGCAACGUGACGCAGAGUUACUCCUUCACAGUGGAGCAAGACGUGGCUAUCCAGGGCCUGAAGCCUGCCUUGGUCAAAGUCUACGACUACUAUGAAACAGAUGAAUUUGCCAUGGCGGAGUACAACGCCCCCUGCAGCACAGAUCAAACUCAGAAGGGGAAUGAAUGAAGAAUUCAGGCCUUUCCAGCACCUCUGACUCGAUCCUACCCGUAUCUGCCAUCCAGCUAGUCAACUUGGGUGAAUACAGCAGUAAGAACUGAAGAGGCAAAAACAAUUUUCUAGAACCAGUCAACUUGAACAAUGACAACUGUAGCUGUGUGGAAGAGCUGAGUAAAUAUGGGGGUCAAGGCCAGUCUUCCCUCUAACAGGGAUUCCCAGAUGUUGUUGACCACAACCCAGAAUCAACAGCUGCCAUGUUUUUUUUUGCUUUGGAAUUAUGGGAGUUGUACUCAACAACAUCUGGGAAUCCGUUAGAGGGAACAUUGGUCACGGCUAGUAAUCAUUGCACUGUGGAAUCAUCUUUCUAUUCUUGUUUGGAGGCCAAGAGAAUCUUUGGUCUAUAUGCUGUGUUCAUCUGCUGCAUGAAAUAAAAACGUUUUGUGUCUCUGA